AAAAACAUUUAAAUAAUUAAAUGGUUCUUUCUGAACCGCCUACGAGAAAAGCUUAAAUAUUGGCAAAUUUCCAUUAAAGAACAAUUUACUAAUGUUCGAAUUUUUGGUAAAAAUGCAUCUCACCCACGUUAUUCUUUUAUCAUUGAUUGGUUGUAUCUACGGUCUGCCUAAUCCAGAAGAAUAUGUGGUUGUCAGAAAUUCGUUGCAAGGUGCGUCCAAGAGACAGGAUGUAUCCGGAAUGCACGAGUCUGGAGACACACGAUUGAUGGCAAUCAAUAACAUGAUACCCGGCGCGCAGAUGCUUCAGAUGGUUCCCUCCAGGACGAUGUACCCUAUGGGGCAAAUGGGACAGAUGGGACAGUAUUCACAGAUGGGCCAAAUGGGACAGAUGGGACCAAUGGGACAGAUGGGACAAAUGGGACAAAUGCCUGGACAGAUGUUCCCGGUAGGACGUUUAGUGGGUCGCUCGAUAUCAACCAGACAAGACAAAGGUAUCCCAAUUCAUGCGAUUCCGUUUAUGCCAAAUGGUUUCGUAGCUUACGGUUGAUUUGAAAUGUUCCAUUUAUGAAAUUAUUUUAAUAAAACCUAAUAACUACAA